AUGGGUCCUUUAGAUGGUAGUGUUGAAAGUUCAGAAGAGUACGAGGAAAGGAAAUAUGGAAUGGCAGUGGUGGCAGUGGAAGUGUAUGAAGCACGGGAUGACAAAGCGGAAGCGUUAGGUGCAGAGGAGGAGGUGAUUGUGGGGAAGAAGAGGAAGAACCCAGAGGACGUUGGGGUGGUUGCUUUGGUUCCAAAAGAAUGGUAUGAUGAUGAGAAUAAACUUUUGAGGACUGUUUUUGUAGGAAAUUUGCUUAUUAAAGUCAAGAAGAAAAGGUUGAUAAAGGAGUUCAGCAAGUUUAGAGAGAUUGAGUCUGUUAGAAUUCGAUUUGCUCCUCUAAGCGAUACUUGGAAGCUGCGAAAAGAAGCUAUAAAGUUAAAGCAAAUUAAUGAGAAAGCUGAUAGUGUUCGUGCAUACACUGUUUUCGAAACCGAGCAAUCUGCCUAGGCAUCUUUAGCCAACAACAUGGUUGUG